UUUAUAUUGAUCUAAAGAUUUCUGAACCUUAUCAUAGUGACUUGUGAGGUUAAAAAUAAAUGUUGUCCUUCCAAAGAUUAGUAUUAUUAGAAGUGCUGAAAUUUUCUGCAGACUAAAUAUGGCUUCAGAGCCUUUAAACGAGUUUUUUCUAGCAGCUCUCACCCUUUCAAUUGCGGUCCUAACAAUUCUAUUGUACAAAUUGACCUCACACAAGGAAGAAUUCAGGUUGCCGCCAGGGCCUCGUGGUCUUCCAAUUGUGGGAUUCUUACCAUUCCUCCGCCCCAAUUUGCAUCACCAGCUCACAGAGUUAUCUCAACAGUAUGGUCCAAUUUACAAGUUUUGGCUAGGAAGCAGACUAUGUGUUGUGUUGAAUUCACCUUCCUUAGCCAAACAAGUAGUUUGUGAUCAAGACUCCGUUUUUGCCAACCGUGAUCCUACAAUUGCAGGAUUAAUGGCCACAUAAGGUGGACUAGAUAUUGGAUUUUCUCCCUAUGGUUCCUACUGGCGUGAUAUGCGCAAACUGUUUGUAAGGGAGAUGCUAAGCAGUAGGAACCUUGAGGCCUGUUAUAGCCUUCGGAGACACGAGGUCAGAAAGACUAUCAGAAAUGUGCAUACCAAGGUUGGUAACCCCGUUGACAUUGCUGAAUUGGCCUUUUUAACUGAGAUGAAUGUCGUCACGAGUAUGAUCUUUGGCAGCGAUUUUGUCGGGGAGAUGGAGAAGCAUAGAAAAGAUGGAACUGAAUUCAGGGACUUGGUGGUAAGUUUUGGUGUAGUGAUGGGAAAGCCCAACAUAUCAGACUUCUUCCCUAUGCUUGCAAGGUUUGAUUUUCAAGGAAUACGGAAAGAGAUGGAGGCCAUGUUGAAGUUGCUUGACAGUAUAUUGGAUCCUCUCAUAAACCAACGCGUGAAGAUGCUUUCAGACAAAAGAGAGGCUGAAAUCCAGAAGAAUGAGAAGAAAGAUUUUAUGCAGAUCCUGGUAGAGCUAAUGGAGCAGAAAGACAUU